GGGCCGUCUGCAUCCUGCAGAAGCCGUCGCCUCUGCCCUGCCUGUCCUCGCUGUUCCUGAGCAGCCCCCGGCUCCCAGACAUGACCGCCAUCAUCAAAGAGAUCGUCAGCAGGAACAAAAGGAGAUACCAGGAGGAUGGCUUCGACUUAGAUUUGACCUAUAUUUAUCCAAACAUAAUUGCUAUGGGUUUUCCUGCGGACAGACUUGAAGGAGUAUACCGAAACAACAUUGAUGAUGUAGUAAGGUUUUUGGAUUCAAAACAUAAAAACCAUUACAAGAUAUACAAUCUAUGUGCUGAAAGACAUUAUGACACCGCCAAAUUUAACUGCAGAGUUGCACAGUAUCCUUUUGAAGACCAUAACCCACCACAGCUAGAGCUUAUCAAACCUUUUUGUGAAGAUCUUGACCAAUGGCUGAGUGAAGAUGACAAUCAUGUUGCAGCAAUUCACUGUAAAGCUGGAAAGGGACGAACUGGUGUAAUGAUUUGUGCAUAUUUGUUGCAUCGAGGCAAGUUUUUAAAGGCUCAAGAAGCUCUAGAUUUUUAUGGGGAAGUAAGGACCAGAGACAAGAAGGGAGUAACUAUUCCCAGUCAGAGACGCUAUGUGUAUUACUAUAGUUACCUGUUAAAGAAUCACCUGGAUUAUAGACCAGUGGCACUGCUGUUUCAUAAGAUGAUGUUUGAAACAAUUCCAAUGUUCAGUGGCGGAACUUGCAAUCCUCAGUUUGUGGUAUACCAACUAAAGGUAAAGAUAUUUACAUCCCCUUCAGGACCCCCAAGACGAGAAGAUAAAUACAUGUACUUUGAAUUCCCUCAACCAUUGCCGGUGUGCGGUGAUAUCAAAGUAGAAUUCUUCCACAAACAGAACAAGAUGUUGAAAAAGGACAAAAUGUUUCACUUUUGGGUAAAUACAUUCUUCAUAGGACUGGAUGAAAAUUCAGACAAAGUAGAAAAUGGGAGUCUAGUUGGAGAUCAGGAACUUGAUGGUAUUUUCAGCACAGAACGCUCAGAUAAUGACAAGGAAUAUCUAAUCCUUACGUUAACAAAAAAUGAUCUAGAUAAGGCAAAUAAAGACAAAGCCAACAGAUAUUUCUCUCCAAACUUCAAGGUGAAGCUAUUUUUCACAAAAACAGAGGAGCCAUCAAAUCCAGAGGCUAGCAGUUCUGCUUCAGUAACACCGGACGUUAGUGACAAUGAACCUGAUCAUUAUAGAUAUUCUGACACCACUGACUCUGAUCCAGAGAACGAACCUUUUGAUGAAGAUCAGCAUACGCAGAUUACAAAAGUCUGAAUAUUUUUUUUAUCUGGGAAAAAACCCCACAAAGAGACAAACUUGAAUAAACUGAAAAAGGACCUUUUCAAAUGGCAAUAGAACACUGUGUCAGAUUACCAAUUAUAGGAACAAUUCUUUCCUGACCAAUCUUAUUUUGCCCUAUAAAUCUACAGGGUUUGACACUUGUUGUCCAGUUGAAAAAGGUUACGUAGCUAUGUUAUGUAUAUACCUUUUUGUGUCAAAAGGACAUUAAAAUUUCAAUUAGGAAAUAUAAAGAUGGCACUUUCCCAUUUUAUUCCAG